UGUCUCCCUCUAGCGCCGCGGAGUUAGACGGUUUUUCGCUAGGCUUGUUGAGUUCCAUUGCGUAUCAUCGACAUCCACAGCACAGACCCCACCGCAGCAGGUCUUUCCAGCGUUUCAGGUAUUUCCCCAGCGCUGCCCUGCCAAGCCCCAGACAUGGUGUGUAUCCCGUGCAUCGUCAUCCCAGUGCUGCUGUGGAUCUACAAACAGUUCCUGGAGCCCUUCCUCUACCCCAUCAUCUCCCCCGUCAUCAACCGUUGGUGGACCAAGAAGGCCGUCCAGGAGAGUGGCACUGGAGAUGUGAAGGCUAACGAAAAGAGCAACGGAGCAUGCAAGACUGAGUGUAACGGAGAAGCUUCAAACGGGUCAGCGGCCUCAGUGGAUGAUAAAAAGAUCAACUGACGUUAUGCUCCGCAUUUUAGGAUGCACCUCGACUGUACAUAUUUUCAUAUUUAACAACAAUUCCAAACUUGUAUCAUUAUUAUUUUAUUAUUUUUUCUUCUAAUGAUUUCUGAAAUGUCAAAAGGUUUUAAUGUCCAACAACAUGCUCUUACAUGUCUUAAAUUAUAAAUUGUAUUUCCAAGCUGUUCCUAUCAUGCAUUGUCAUUAAAUAAUAGAUCUGUAUAAUAUAGAGACACUAUUUUAUAAGCCAGAAAUGUUCAGUAAAAUGUGGGAAUUAAAAUAAAAUUGAAAUAAAAUAUUGUGAAUACUG